CGCAACGUUAUGAAGGAAGCCGAAAUUACAUGGCUAACACGUUUUCAGCUUUCACGACACUCUUUACUAUUUCCUCUCGUUGGCAGGCCCACCUAGACUUCUACUCUCAAGAACGUGCCCAGUAAACGACGCGCCCCAUACAGGUCCCCUAAGGCACAUCAAAAUUCGAAAGACCACUCUACUGAUUGUUGUAUUAUUGUCUAUGCCCGCAAUGAUUGCUGCUAGAGGUCCACCUGCGCCCGCACUUCCUCCGCACAGACGAUCGACGAAUUAUGGCUACUACAACCCGAUGGAUGGUGGGGGGAGUAUGCUUAGCAAACCCAUAAACGUCAUCAUUUCUGCCUACUCUGAUUCUCAAGUGCUGCAGAAUACUGUGACAAACGGUGGUCUUAUCAAUUAUUUUCAAUCAUUCGGGUUCUCGACCGAGUGUUUGGGACAGAGUGACGAUAGCGUGCAAACCGCUAAUCUUGGCGACGGGAGCGGUUACUUAAACCAGACUGCCGUCAUACGGUGGGACUAUGGUGAUGCCAAUUUUGGAACUUGCCAGGAGUCGGUCGAAGGAGGGAACCACUUUCGCUAUUGGAUACAGAAUGGGCCAAGCGCUGACUCAGGCGCAAUAUUCAUGGCAACUUCAUAUGAAAUGCCUAUCGCCGAGCAGCAUAAUAUCAUAGUCAAUGGUUAUGACCUAGGUCGAGACUGGCUCGUUGGGAAUGCUACCUUCCAAUCGACAAUUCUUCCAACAGCAAACAUGACCAACACAUCGACGUACUCGGGGCAAACAUCCUUUAAUAGUUUUACAUAUUCGACCACUGUGACGUAUGUCUCUGGGCUGCUACAGAACACUAGCAAUGGCAUCAACCACUAUCAGACUGUCGCUGUGAAUGGCCAAAAUGCGAUCGAUGGACUAGUGGCGGUAUUAACCGUUAAGAUGGUCCAGCAAGCCAGUAGUAGUUCAAGCGCUGCGGAAUGGACACAUCGUCCCAAAGGACUUUCCUGGACACUCCUUGCAAUGGCAUGUGUGAUACUCGUGUCAUUGCUCUAGAUUUACAGACCCCAUUAUGGAUAUUCUCGAACAGUGGUUACACUACACGAUAUUACCUCGGACGUUCUUGAACGACGAACCUUUAUUCAUAACCAUGUCUGCAGGCAUACCUCCGCAUAGUAUAUUUCAUCCCUGAUCUCACCUGCUAGCUGAUACUCAUAUGUAUAUUUCUGGUAUACUACUACUUAUUCCUUCAUUUGUAAGUUCGGUGCUCAGACCAUGACUUUUAGAACCUAGACAUUCACGCUUUGACGGAUUACUUGUAUCUAUGUCUUGUAUCAGCUAAGCUUGCCUGGUGAUAAUAUCAUGUUCUCGCCCGUAUGAGCUGAUCGUUUUCUGAUACUGUUCAAACAUGG